AUGCAUUCAUCCAGCUCUGCAUCAUCCAACAACGAUUGGUCCUCUUCCAACGACCACCAAUCUGUACCAACAUCACUAACUGCUGACAAAUCUCCUCUGAGUGAUACCACCACAACCUCCGAACUUUCAAAACAAGAUCUCUACAGCCCUGCUCUCACAAUGUCUUCUUCCUCUUCCGACACUUAUAUUCAUCAACUCAAAGAAAAGAAUCGCAAACUCCAACUCUUGCUUUGUCAUUCCUUACAAAUGUUACAACUCAGUAAUCAUCAAUUAUCCAAAGACAUUCAACAAGUGAAACAUCAUCUUUUUCAUGAUUUAAAAUUAUUGGAACGUCAUGAUUCAAUCAGUGGCAGUAGUGACGACGAAGAUGAUGAUGAUGAUGACGUGCUGACUUCUCAACAAGAUGAAGCAUUCCGAACGGUUUUUGAGAGAGAACGAACCAUGUAUUCGGAAAAUCAAUUUUGGAGUGCCACUCUCAAGACACGAUUGAAUCGAGAAUUUUCACAAAUUUCAAGGCUUGGAUCUGGUAGUUUUGGAAGUGUGGUAAAGGCAAGAAAUCAACUCGAUUCCAAAUUUUAUGCCAUUAAAAUGAUACGAAUUCCAGAAAAAGAAUUCGCAAAUUCAGAAAGCCUUGACUCGAGAAGUGUCGUUAUGAAAGAAGUGGAAUUUCUUUCGACUCUUCAUCAUGAUCAUAUUAUUAGAUAUUACAAUGUUUGGAAAGAACAUGUGCCCGAUUCGAGGUUAUAUAUCCAGAUGGAAUUUUGCGAGUCGACACUGAGAGAAUUUAUCAACUCGAGGGAUACAAGUCGAGCGAUGGUAUGGACGUAUUUUGAGCAAAUUUUGAGAGCUUUGGCGUUUUUGAGUGAACAAAACAUUACUCAUUCAGAUUUGAAACCUGAAAAUAUUCUAAUCAGCAAUGAUGUGAUCAAACUUGGAGAUUUUGGACUUUCUUACAAUCAUAAACAUGAAACAGCACAUCAAAGUAGAGGAACCUCCUUAUAUAUUAAUAAGGAACCCCGAGAAAAUAAUCCAAAAUUUGACAUUUUCUCUCUUGGAAUUAUCUUUUUUGAAAUGCUAACAUCCAAUCACAUUCCCACUGAUCAACGCCAUACCAAUCUCAAACAACUAAAAGAGAAUCCCAAAAUCUUUCUCUCUAAUUCUCCUCUCAUUGACUUGUAUGACAUGGAAAAGGAUCUCAUUCAGAGAAUGCUUGAACCCAAUUACAGGGAACGACCCUCUGCCAAAGAGCUUCUUGAUGAAAUUUAUCGAAUGGCUUUCCAAUGUCUAAAAUGUCAUUCCACCAUGAAGGGCCUUGUACCUUGGAUUAUUCACCUCAAUGGUCAACAUCAUAAUAAGGAUCAAUACAUGAAAGAACAUUUGCAAAAGAUGGAACCAGUGUCGAGAUUGAAUUGGUUUGUUUCGAAAAAGCUCGGAGGAAUUGUUUCAUUUUCAUCCUUCAGCCAGGAAGGGCCACCACAUUGUCCCAUGUUUUCACAACGUGUUGAAAUUCAAAUACCUGGUUGUGAAAAAAGCCCAAUAGUGGUGACAGGUCCUAAACGAUCGAAAAAACAAGAGAGUAAGAAUGCUGUAUGUGAGAAGGCAUUUCAAAUGAUUUGCAAUUACCCGGAAAUCCGUACUAACUUGGAAUAA